GGGAGCGGGCAGGGCGGAGGGAGAAACUCCCCGGUACGGCGCGGUGCGGCGCUCCCGGGGCCGGAGCAUGGGGCGCUGAGCCGGGCCUCGCCGGCACCCCGGGGCGCUCCGCAGGGGAGCCCCCGGCGCCGCCCGCACCAUGCCCGAGCAGCUCAGCGUGGCCGAGUUCCUGGCCGUGACCGGCGAGGAUCUCAGCUCCCCGGCCGCCGCCGCCUUCGCCUCCAAGAUGCAGAAGUGCCGGGGGGCGGUGGGGGCGCUGGAGGAGAGCCUGGAUGGAGACCAAGCCGUACUCCAGAGGAUCAGGAAAUAUGUGAAAGCCAUUCACGUCUCCGGGCUCACCCACGUGGAGAACGAGGAGCAGUACAGCGAAGCCCUGGAGAACUUCGGCAACAACCACCUCUCCCAGAACAAUCACGAGCUUUCCACCGGCUUCCUCAACCUGGCUGUCUUCACCCGGGAGGUCACCGCGCUCUUCAAGAACCUGUUACCCCAGUCCGGGCCUCCCUGCUCCCCCCUCCUCCCCACGCUCCGGGGGAGGCUCUACCGUGCUGCUGGCGUGGGAACAGCCACUGCUGCUGCUGUGUUCCCCCUGCUCUCCCUGGAGCAGCGUUAUGUGCUGGGACCCUCGACUGGAUCUGAAAAGCCAGGUUUCCCCUCCUGGAGUCCCCUUGGAGCUGUUGGAAGCUGGGUGUCCUGUCACCCCAGACCUGUCGGAAGGGGAGUGCCCCGUCCUUCCUCGUGUGGGGCUGGUCUCAUGCCCCAGGGCUGGGUUUCUCCCCAGGUGCAAAACCUGAAUAACAUCGUCUCCUUCCCCCUGGACAGCCUGCUGAAGGGGCAGCUGAAGGACAGCCGCCUGGACUCUAAGAAGCAGAUUGAAAAAGCCUGGAAGGAUUACGAGACCAAAGUGGGGAAGAUGGAGAAGGAGAAGGAGCGAGCCCGCUUGGCGGGGGUCAUCCAGGCCGAGCCGUCCGCGACGGAGGUGGCCGAAGACAUGCAGAAGGAGCGGCGGCUCUUCCAGCUCCACAUGUGUGAGUACCUGCUGAAAGCCAGUGAGUCUCAGAUGAAGCAGGGACCAGAUUUCCUGCAGAGCCUCAUCAAGUUUUUCCACGCUCAGCACAAUUUCUUCCAAGACGGCUGGAAGGCUUCCCAGAACCUCUACCCCUUCAUUGAGAAGCUCGCUGUGUCCCUCCACGCGCUCCACCAAGCACAAGAGGAGGAGGUGAAGCAGCUCACGCAGACCCGCGAUUCCCUCCGCAGCAUCCUGCAGCUGGAGAACAAGGAGGAAAACCUGAGCAGGAAGAACUCUGGCAGCGGCUACAGCAUCCACCAGCACCAAGGGAACAAGCAGUAUGGGACAGAGAAGUCGGGAUUUCUGUACAAGAAGAGCGAUGGGAUCCGUAAAGUGUGGCAGAAGAGGAAGUGUGGCGUGAAGUAUGGCUGUCUGACCAUCUCCCACAGCACGAUAAACCGUCCCCCUGUCAAGCUGAACCUCCUCACCUGCCAAGUGCGGCCCCACGCCGAGGAGAAGAAAUGCUUCGACCUGGUGACGCACAACAGAACAUAUCACUUCCAAGCAGAGGACGAGCAGGAGUGCGUUGUGUGGGUCUCGGUGCUGCAGAACAGCAAGGACGAAGCCCUGAGCAACGCCUUCAAGGGGGAGCCCAACGGCGGCGGGGCGGCGGCGGGCAGCGGGGCAGACGGCAGCGUGCAGGAGCUCACCAAGCUGGUCAUCAGCGAGGUGAAGAACAUGCCGGGAAACAAGCAGUGCUGUGACUGCGGGGCACCGGACCCCACGUGGCUCUCCACCAACCUGGGCAUCCUGACGUGCAUCGAGUGCUCCGGCAUCCAUCGUGAGCUGGGCGUGCAUUACUCCCGCAUCCAGUCCCUCACCCUGGAUGUCCUCAGCACCUCCGAGCUGCUGCUGGCCGUCAGCGUCGGGAACACCCGCUUUAACGAGAUCAUGGAGGCCACGCUGCCUGCGCAGGACUGCCCCAAGCCCUCGGCCUCCAGCGAUAUGGCUGCCCGCAAGGAGUACAUAGUGGCCAAGUACAUGGAGCGACGCUACGUGCAGAAAAGCGGCCGCGAUGACCCCCACCGCCUCUGGGAAGCCAUUCGUGCCCGCGACCUCCUGGCCCUGCUCCAGGCCUUCGCCGAGGGGCACGAUCUGGCCAAGCCCCUGGCCAGCCCGGAGGGCCAGGACCUGGGCGAGCUGGCGCUGCACAUGGCCGUGCGCCACGCUGACAGAUCGUCUCUUCCUCUGGUGGACUUUAUCAUCCAGAAUGGGGGGACACUGGAGCGGGUGACGCAGGACGGGAACACGGCUUUGCACUACAGUGCGCUCUACAACCAGCCCAACUGCCUCAAGCUGCUCCUGAAGGGCAAAGCCGCCUUCUCCACGGUGAAUGCGGCGGGCGAGACGGCUUUGGAUGUGGCCAGGAGGCUCAAGCACGUCGAGUGUGAGGAGCUGCUGGAGCAGGCGCAGGCAGGGAAGCUCUCCCUGCAGAUCCAUGUCGACUACGACUGGGAGCCCCCCCAGGAGUUCCCCUAUGACAGCGAGGAUGAGCUGGAGGAGAAGGUGAGCCCCCUCCAGCGCUCCUUCAAGGGCACAUCGCCGCUGGCCACCAGCCCCCCACCCGCCUGCCCCCAGACCCGCUGGAGCUGCAUGGGGAUGGACAUCACCAACAAAACCUACGAGAGCAUCCUGGUGCCCUCGCGCCCUGCGCCCCGCCGGGCCCACAGCGAGGAGAUCCCCCCGCCGCUGCCCCUCAAAAACCCCACACGGGGCGGCUCCCGCCCCAAACCUGGCCACAGCCCCACCGAGCGCCCCGAGCUUCCCCGGCAGGCGUCGGAGCCGCACUUCCCCGGGCCGGUGGAGGCUCCGGCACCGCGCAGCCUCCCCUCCACCGGCAGCACCGGCGCCCUGGACGGCACCACCGGCCCCCCAGCCCCCGGCACCCGCAGCCCCACCGAGAGCCGGCGGGCAGCGUACUGGGAGACUCGGUCAGAGACGGAGAGCAGCAGCACCCGGCGGGGGACGGAGCUGAGCCCCCCACCCGGGCAGCCCCCACCGAGUGGCACGGCCCCUGACAUCCCCCCUGUCAAGUUCGGCUCAGAGAGCACCCGCUCAUACCGGCGCAUCAGCGGCAUGGUAGGCAAAGCAGGGUCGGCCGUGUCCCCCCAGAGUCCUGGUGGCCCCGAGGACCCUGCGCUGAGCAAGGUGCCCCCUGUGCCCAUGCCUAGGAGAUUUGCUCCGGCCAAGGGGAGGCAGAAGCGGGUGAAGGCGGUGGCUGACUGCAAGGGGGACAAAGCGCGGGAGCUGACCUUCUCCAAGGGAGAGGUGAUCGUGGUGACACGGGAGGAGGAUGAGCAGAGCUGGGUUGGCUUCAUCGAGGGCGAUGGCUCCCGCACCGGUGUCUUCCCAGCCAGCUUCGUCCACCUCUUGCAAGACUGACUGGGUGGUGGUGGCCCCUUUUGUCCCUGUCCCCUUGGCCAGGACCCAAGGCAGCUCCCAACUGGCCGGCGAGGGCUUGGACACAGCCCCAACCCCCGGGGCGCGGCAGAGCCGGGCCACGAGGGACAUGUGUCCAGGACCCUGGUGUGGGACCAUCCAGCCCUCUAAGGGGGCUCAGAGACCCCCACAUGGGGAAGACCAUCCAUGGAUGGUGGCUGCAGGGAGCUGAAGGGUUGCUACCUGCCCUGUGGGUAGGGCAGAGAACGGACAUGCUCACUGCAGUGGUGGGCUAAGGUUUCUGUGCUGACCCCUGGUGUCCCCUGUUCCUGCUGCUCCCCUGUCCUACCCGUGGGCUCUGCCCAUCCCCAGGGUUUCCAUCUCCCCUGUCUGCAAGGCCUUGGGGAUGGGGGGUUGUUCUUGGUGCUCCCCACCCUCCUCUGCCAGGGGGCCAUAGACACCCCCCCACUCCCCAGCCUGGGGGGAGCAGGGCUGGGGAGCAGCUGUGUACCCCCCAGUUUCUUCUCUACCCCAACUGUGAAGCAUUUGGGCUGGGGAGGGAAGAGCAAAGGGCCUUUGGUGAUUUUGUCUGGGGGGCUGGAGGGUCUAUGGCCCCACCCUGGCCCCUGCCCAGGCUCUGGGAGCUGCCUGGGCAUGUGGGGCUGGGGGAUGCUUCAAAGCUUCCCCAAAACUGGUAGUGAAAAGCCAUUCCCUGACUUUUUUUUUUCUUUUUUUUGGGGGUGGCGGGGUGUCAGGUGGCACCACAGAGCCCCUACCCCAUGUUCCUCGCCUGGGGUGGGUGCUGGAUCACCACCCUGGCCCUGGGGGUCUCUCUGAGGGGAUUUUGCAGCUUUUUCUGGGACCAAUGUCCCCCUGUGCCGGUGUCCCUCGGGAGCCACCUGCCUCCAUCCCUCCCCACAAUUUACCAUUCCCCCUUCUCAUUUGUGCGUCAAAUUUUCAUCUCAAAAAAUGGUCUUUUUAAAAUGUUUUCUGUCUCUGGUUUCUAAUAAAGCCAUCGAUUUUGUAAGCGCCGGA